GUGUUUUGCACAUAUCACAGCCAAAAGGAACGCUCAUGCUUUAAAAUGGAUUUAUGUGUCAUGAUAAAGGGUGUGUCAUUUUUUAUCCAAACUAGCCUUGGUAUCUUUGGUAACUCUAUUAUCUUGAUAUCCUAUGCAAACAUGCUCAGCCGGGGUCCUAAACUGAUGCCAGUUGAUAUAGUACUCUCUCACUUAGCAUUUGUAAAUAUGAUGGUUUUAUUGACAAGAGGCAUUCCUCAAACAAUGUCUGUUUUUGAAAUAGAACACAUACUGAAUGAUACAGGCUGUAAAAUUGUUGUCUAUUCUUAUAGGAUAGUGCGCGGCUUGUCUGUCUCUGUAACUUGUUUGCUCAGUGUCUUACAGGCUGUCAUAAUUGCCCCUGUUAAAAGAUGGACUAUCGUCAAAAUCAAAGAAGUCAAGUACUUAAGUCUCUCACUUGUAGCUAUAUGGGUGAUCAAUAUGGCUGUGUGCAUAGCAGCUCCAUUUUUUUCUAAAGUUCCAGGGACUGGCAAGAUCUCUAAAUUUACACUGAAUCUGGGGUUCUGUCAUGUCCUUUUCCCCGACCAAGUGAGCUACAUCAUCAAUGGUUUUGCUGUAUCCUUUAGGGACUUUACCUUUGUGGGGGUUAUGGUUUAUUCCAGUGGUUACAUCAUAAGGAUUCUUUACAGACACCGUAGACAGGUUCAGAACAUAAGACGGUCAACAAGUGCUCAGAAUGCUACUGCUGAAACAAAGGCUGCUAAAGACGUACUUAGGCUUGUUCUGCUGUACGUCAUCUUUUUUGGGCUUGAUAACAUUAUCUGGAUUAAUAUGUUGACUGUGUCAGAUGUACCUUCCGUUGUUACAGACUUGAGAGUCUUUUUUUCAUCUUGCUAUGCAUCCUUCAGUCCAAUAUUUAUUAUAAGAUCUAACAAAAGGAUACAAAAAGCAUUAAAAUGUUCAUUCAAACGUCAGCAGACUUCCCAGCCAGAGGUCUAUGUGUGUCAUAUAUAG